CUUUAUAUAAACACUCUUCUCCUCAAGGGCAGAGAGAAGUAUAAGAAGUAGCGAUGAAGACCGUAUCCGUUGACGAGACCAAAAACACGGUGGUGCUGCGAGCCGAGCACCGGGACGAGGAAGGCCGGAAAGCUGUGGAUAAAUUCGAGCUGAAGACUCGAAACCCCGACACGAUCAAGCAAGUUGAGAAGAAGCUGAUGGAGAAAGGCGUCCAACGGAUGGAGAGACACCCUUCCGACGGGACUCAGAUCAAACGUCCGCCGCCGAAGUCCGGUCACGGCGGGAAGUACACGUGGGAGGGGUCUGGUCGGAUGGAGGAUUACGAGAUGCAGCCAGAUCCGCCGGCGAUGGACGAAGGUGAUCCUAAUUACGACGAGGAGAAGAUCGGGGGAGGUGGUGGUGACGUGGCGGUGGAGGUCGUGAAAGGUGAGGUUGAGGUGGCGAAGGAAGCUCCGGAAGGUGUGGCUAGGGUGGAGGUUGGUUGAUCCUCGCUUGAUGAGUUCUACUUGAGUUGCAAGGACAUAUGGAAGAAAGUGUUGGGGCAAAUGUGAGAAGAAAGGGAAACUUUGGGGUGUGGUUUUUAAUUGUUUAGUUUGUGAUGUUUUAAUGUAUUGUUGACGUGGUGGAACGUUAUUUGUGUAAAGAAAUAAUAACAUUACUGCAUUGAAAUGUCUCA